AUGCUUCCUGUAUUUCUUCUCCAGUCCAACUUCUCAGCACUGCAAAGAGAGACCAAACCGCCCCAACCUCUUCCAGUUGGCUCUCGACUUGCCAUCAUCUACAACCACCCAAAGGACGGCCAACUCGGCGAUCUCUUGUACAAGAUGGUCAUUCGAUCAACUUCCAACCCGUAUGGUGGCCAUAGUUAUGUCUCCGACGAUCCUUCCGAUUUCCACCCCAUAUCGCGUCCACGGACAGCAUGUCCCACCUUCAGCACAACUCUCAAGACUUCCCUACUGUCUCCAGGGCUGCUGUUGCAUUCCACUCUUCUCCCGUCACUGGCGUUGAACUCCUCUCUUGCAAGCAUUUCAUACACUGUGGCUCGGCUCACCAACCGCUUGGAAGCCAAAGACCUGAUCUGGCCCCUCGGUCCCCUCCUCAACGCAUGGUGGUCCGCCGUGUUUCGGCAUCAAUUUGCACACCACCCAGUUUCCCUCUUUUCCGCUUACAAGGCCCUCGCUCGCCCUGAGAAGCUUGUUUUGACUGGAGUGACUCUGUGGGGAGGCAGACUCUUUUACCGGGUGCUCUCCCGGAUGCUCAAGAGGGAGAAGGGUCGUGACAAGCCCGCCUACGAGUCGCUCAAGCGUCAGCAUGGCUUCAGCUGGAACAAGAUCUGGUGGAAGAAGUUUGUGCCCGAGAUUGGCUGGUUGACCCUCAUCAGCCUUCCUGUCGUCACACCUUUCAGACUGGGAUACUACUCAGGCGCAGUGAUCCAGCAGUCGCUGACGUCAAUCACACAGAAGGGCUGGGCUCAGGCCUUGUCAGUCGGCUUGUUCACUAUGGGUCUCACCAUGGAAGUCUUGGCCGAUUGGCAGUUGGACCGGUUCAAGAUGGGCAAGGGAAUUGGAAUUGGCCCUGGCACCAGGAGCCGAGCGGGUAGUCUGGAGAAAGAAAAUGGAAAUGGCGUCAAGUUUACCCAGCCAGGUUGGACUGUCGAGACAGGAGUGAAUGGACGCAGAGUUUCCAUCAGCAGAGAGAGGGAGAACCGUGAAGAGAAGAUUUGCAAGGAAGGGGUUUGGGGUAUUGUGAGACAUCCCAACUAUCUCGGCGACGCCCUUGUCCACCUGUCGUUUCCACUCAUGCUCUAUGCGUCCGACCUCCUCACUCCGAUCGCCAUGCUUGGCCCUCUGGCGAACUACCUGUACCUUCGAUGUGUCGGCGGCGACAAGACCGAUGAGUACACGCGAACCAGACGAUACUCAUCUGAGGACGUCAGCAAGAAGAUCGAGUUCGACCGCUACCGUCGAGAGCGAAACAGCUUCUGGCCGGACAAGGGCCAGAUUCACAAUAAGUGGACAUGGAUCGUGGUCGGCUGUGGCGUGGCGGGCGCCCUGAUCGAGAGACUAAUCAUGGGUGUUGUUUGA